AUGGCAGACUCGAAUGACUCGGCGUCACCGCUCAAGAUCAACAUCAAGGGUCCCUCGGAGCUAAGGCUCAGCAUUGACAUCACCUCGGAUCAGACGGUUCGACAGCUCAAAGAGGCGAUCGAGAAGCAGAAGCCUGACGUCCCUGCCGAUUCGCAGCGACUAAUCUAUGCCGGUAAAGUGCUCAAGGAUGAGGAGACCCUCUCGGUCUACAAGAUCAAGGACGGCAACACUGUGCAUAUGGUCAAGUCAGCCGCUCGUUCCGCACCCACAACUGGUAAUCCAUCGGUACCUGGAACAGCACCAUCAAGCACUGGCAGUUCCAACAACGCUGCCUCGUCACAGUCGCAUGGUGUUCCUUCCAACUUCUCUGCAGGUCAGAACUUCACCAACAAUCCGCUUUCUGCGCUUAACCGGGCUGAUUAUGCAGGCCCUCACAUGGCUAGACUGCUCAACGAGAGCGGAGGCGCAUUUGGUGGCAUGGGCCUCAACCCGCGCGAUCCAAACAUGAUGAUGGGGUUGAUGCAGAAUCCCGAGGUGCAACGUCAGAUGCAGGAUAUGAUGUCUCGUCCCGAGUUCAUCGACCAGAUGCUUGCCAUGAACCCGCAGCUUCAAGGCAUGGCACCACAGAUGCGCGAGAUGAUGCACUCAGAACAGUUCCGCGAGAUGAUCACCAACCCCGAAACCAUGCAGAGGAUGGCUCAGAUGUCGCAGCUGAUGGAGAGCGCUGGUAUGGGCGGCAUGGCUGGUUUGGGAGGCUUGGGCGGAUUCGGAGCCGGCGGUGGAGGCAACGGCGGUAAUCGCCAAUGGCCCCCUCCUGGUGCUUUCGGUGAAAGCGGCGGCAACAACGAAGGCAACGCUAAUAACAGUAACGACAAUGGCAACGACAAUACUAGUGGACGCAACAACGGCCAGGGCAACACCGGCAACUUCAGCGGCAAUUUCAGCGGGCUCCGAAACACGGGCGGCGACGGUGCAGCCCCGCCAAACCCCUUUGCAGAUCCUUCGUUCCUUCAACAGAUGUUCGGUGGUGGUGGUGGAGGAGCAGGUGGGUUCGGUGGUCUUGGGGGCCUUGGUGGUCUUGGCGGUCUUGGUGGAUUUGAGGCUGGAGCAGGAGGCGCGGCUUCGCGCGACACAAGGCCACCCGAGGAGCGUUUCUCUUCUCAACUAGAGCAGAUGCAGUCGAUGGGCUUUUACGAUGGUCAAGCCAAUGUGAGAGCGCUGCUCAUGGCUGGCGGUAGUGUCGAGGGUGCUAUCGGUAUCUUGCUGGACAACCCGAACCCUCCGCCGCAGGGUAACUGA